CGUAAUUAAUAUUCAUAAGCCAAGUGUCUGCUACAGUAUAGCGUUUGUAUGUUCGCUGUUUUUGGAGCCAGAUCGGUCUUACGUUGUCAUCACCAUCGGUGUGUUUAUGAGAAGCGUCAAUACCGCUUUAGUCUUAUUUAAAACAUCCUAUACACGUUGACUGGAAAAAAGCCCUCAAAGGCUAAAAUGGUUUCUUCCAUGUUAUCAAUACAAGCCAAAAGUGAAAGUAACGGUUACAGCAGCCAUUUUCCUCAAAAUAACUGCGUCGCGUUAUCACAGGACAAAAAUCAGAGGCAGGGAGAUCAGACUAAUCAGACACACCAGAGCAGCUCCAUGAGGACAGAAUGAGUCAAGUACAAAAAAACAAAGAUGAAGAUUUUUCACCAGGAUGCAGUUCAGUCCAGCAAGAGGGAUCAGAUUCGCUAGAGCCCAGCUGUGUGUCCGUGAAGAGUGACUGGUCUAUAGAUCCUCCACCAAACAUGAAGGAUGGAGACAAACCACAAAGUCUCAGGUCAGUUCAGCGGAAAAGAUCAGGCAGACAGCCCAGCUGUGUGUCUAUGAAGAGUGACUGGUCUAUAGAUCCUCCACCAAACAUGAAGGGUGGAGACAAACCGCAAAGUGUCAGGCGAAACCUGCGAUCCAGACCAGCUGUAACAGAACCCAUCUGUAAGAAAACGAAAUAUGACGAGUCUGUGAAUCAACCACAAGACUUUAAUGAAAGCAUGUAUCCUGGUGUCAGCCAUGAAGUCCUCAACACAUUUAGAUCCAAUCUGAAGAAAAAGUUUCAGUGUCUUUAUGAGGGAACAGCAAAGCAAGGAAACUCAACACUCCUGAAUGAGAUCUACACAGAGCUCUACAUCACAGAGAGUGAGAGUGGAGAGAUCAGUAAUGAACAUGAGGUGAGACAGAUUGAGACACAGUCCAGGAGAGCAGCAACAGAGGACACACCGAUCAAAUGCAGUGACAUCUUUAGAGCUUUACCUGGACAAGACAAACCCAUCAGAACUGUGCUGACAAAAGGAGUCGCUGGCAUUGGAAAAACAGUCUCUGUGCAGAAGUUCAUCCUGGACUGGGCUGAAGGGAAAGAGAAUCAGGACGUCCAACUCAUAUUUCCACUUCCUUUCAGAGCGCUCAAUCUGAUGAAGGAUAAAACACUCAAGCCAUCAGAACUUCUUUUAAAACGUCUUCAUGUAUUUUUCCCUGAAACAAAAGAAAUGGAAAUAUUCAGUGACAAAUAUAAAGUGUUGUUCAUCUUUGAUGGUCUGGACGAGUGUCGUCUGUCUCUGGAUUUUCAGAGCGAUGUGAGGUUGUGUGAUGUAAGCGAAUCAGCAUCAGUGGACGUGCUGCUGACGAACCUCAUUGUGGGGAAUCUGCUUCCCUCUGCUCUCAUCUGGAUCACCUCCAGACCAGCAGCAGCUGAUCUCGUCCCCUCUGAGUGUGUCCAUCGAGUGACAGAGGUACGAGGCUUCAAUGAGCCACAGAAGGAGGAAUACUUCAGGAAGAGAAUCAUAGAUCAGGGUCUGGCCAAAAGAAUCAUCUCACAUCUGAAGUCAUCAAAGAGCCUCGACAUCAUGUGCCACAUCCCAGUGUUCUGCUGGAUCUCAGCCGCUGUUCUCGAGAAGAUGUUGAGUCAAGCAGAGAGUGGAGAGAUUCCCAAGACUCUCACUCAAAUGUACACACACUUCCUGAUGGCACAGAUUAACAUCAAAGACAUGAAGUACAAUGAGAAGAAGGACACAGACAAAGAGAUGAUUUUCCAAUUAGGAAAACUUGCAUAUGAGCAACUGGAAAAAGGCAAUGUGAUCUUCUAUGAGGAAGACCUGAGAGAGUGUGGCAUUGAUGUGACAGAAGCAUCAGUGUACUCAGGAUUGUGCACUCAGAUCUUCAGAGAGGAGUUUGGCUUGUAUCAGGUUAAAGUUUUUUGCUUUGUUCAUCUGAGCGUUCAGGAACAUCUAGCAGCUCUAUAUGUGCACCUCUCCUGUACAAACAACAACACAAAUGUGUUUGACCAAAUCACCGAACGUGGUUUUUCGUCUAGAAUUAAGGACUGGAUUCAAUCAAAACAUGUUUCAUUAUCCGAAUUGCAUCAUAGAGCUGUGGAUAAGGCUCUACAGAGUAAAAAUGGACAUCUGGAUCUUUUCCUGCGGUUCCUUCUGGGUCUGUCAGUGGAGUCUAAUCGGGGUCUUCUACAAGGACUAAUGAAACAGACAAGAGGGAGCUCUGAGAGCAAUGAGGAAACAGUUGAGCACAUCAAAAAGAAGAUCAGGAUCAGUCGCUCUCCAAAAAAAUCCAUCAAUCUGUUCCACUGUCUGAAUGAGCUAGGUGACCAUUCAAUAGUGGAGGAAAUACAGCAGUAUCUGAACUCUGGAACAUUAGCUGAAGCCAAACUCACCUCUUUGCAGUGGUCAGCUUUAGUGUUUUUCUUGUUGACAUCAGAGCAAAUGAUGGAUGUGUUUGAGCUGAAUAAAUUAGUUGGAAGAGAAAAUGCGUCAGAUAAAGUCGUUCGGAAGCUGCUUCCUGUGAUUAAAGAAUCCAGAUCAGCACAUUUGGAUGACUGUAAUAUCACAGAUAAAGGUUGUGCUGCUCUGGCUUCAGUUUUGAGAUCAAACCCCUCACACCUGAGAGAACUGGAUCUGUCUAGAAAUAAACUACUAGAUUUGGGCAUGAAGCAUCUAUCUGAUGGACUUAAGGAUUCUCACUGUAAACUGGAGAAACUAAAGUUGAGAGAUUGUGGUGUCACGGGUGAAGGUUGUGCUGCUCUGGCUUCAGCUCUGAGAUCAAACCCUGAACACCUGACAGAACUAGAUCUGUCUGAGAAUAAACUAGGAUGUUCUGAAGUGCAGUUACUUUCUGAUCUAAAAGGUGAUCCAGAUUACAAACUAGCAAAACUACUAUUGUUUACAGAAGUGGAAGAAGGUGCCACUGGACAUUAAGGUUUUAGUGGAUUGUGUUGGCUGUAAUAUAAGAGUGAAAAGACUAUUUUAUGUUGUCAUUGGUUUGCAUUUUUGUUGUGUAUGUUAUUACUUGUGUGUUUAAAGCAUUUGUUGUUCGCUGCUGUGUCUGGAGUAUGUUUGGGUCCAGGAGGGAUGUCCCCCGCAAUCAACAGAAAUCCAACCGGUCCAGUCUUGUCUCCUAUUCCAGAUAUAAGGACCACCGCAAACACUAGUUUUCCCAAUGUGUGUCAUAUUGUACUGCUCUGUCUUAUUCCUUUGUGUGUGUGUGUGUUUUUUGUGAUAUUCUACUGUACAAUAAUUCUAAUGUACGAUUCUUAGAUUGCCGAUUUGGAUUUGUUUGCCUUCGAUUGUAAACAUUGUGUAAAUACUACUUGUAAAUAGUACAUUAAGGGA